AUGGACUUGUGUCGCUAUCAUUCAGUGCUUAAACAACAAACACUCAGGGUCGCAAUAGGCGAAGGGAAAGCUGAACAAGGUUAUCAGUUAAGGGGUGUAAAAGGGGGUGAGGGUGGGAUGAAUAUUGCUGAACUAAAACAAGCAAUAAUUAAAGGUAUUUACAAAGCUAUCAAGAACAACGAAAGAGUUCAUCUUGAAGUACAACUGAAUGGUCUGCUAAAGUGUCUCGCCAAAUUAGCAGAAGGAGAUGAUGAUUUUCAAGACAUACUCAAGCUGCUUCCAAAAUUUAAAGAAAUUCUCUUACACGGGAACAAAUCCGAGCAACGAAGUACUAUUGCAUGUUUAAAGGAAUUAAGUAGAAGUAUGGAAGCAAGUCAACAAUUUAUUAAUGAUGAAACGUUAAACAAGAUGUUGGAGCAGUUGACCACCAGUCCAGACAAAGAUAUUUCAGACAAUGCACACUCAAUACUCUGGAGAUCGGGAAAAAGUAUCGGAAUAUUGCCUUCUAAAACAGAUAUGGUACUUUCAGAAGAAUUCCCGAAAAACUUUACAAUCAAUGAAUCACUUUUAGGAAGAGGUGCCUUUGGAAGCGUUCAUCUGGUAACAGAUGAAACCAGGCCUGAGGAUAAAAAUUUUGUUGCAAAGAAAUCCUGUUUUGCACCAUUUACCGAAACAAAUAGUUUUCUUGGUACUCUCGCCGCAUUUAUCUCUAAGAGAGGUAGUUUGGGUGAAAACUUGACACGACACUUUACCAUUCAAAUUGUGGAAGGUGUUAAUUACCUACAUCAGAAUAACAUCCUGCAUAGGGAUAUCAAAGGCAAUAACGUUCUUAUGGAAGAUGACUGGAACCUAAAGAUUACAGACUUUGGUUUAUCUGAGUUUAUUGAUGCCAAUGGGGUCUCUACAGAAAUUGCGACAGUGCGAUACAUGGCACCAGAAGUGAUUUAUACAGAAGGCAACGUAAUACAAAACUACACAAGCAGAGCAGAUAUAUGGAGUGUAGGUUGCACUGCGGUAGAGAUGGUGACAGGAAAACCUCCGUACCCAUCACUUCUCUCAGCCCAAAUAAUCUUCCACACUGCUUUGGGGAAUCCACUACAAUAUCACCUGCCUGAAACUUCAUCUGUUUACUUCAGGGAGUUUUUAAACAGGAUUUUACAUCGGGACUCUAAGUCAAGGCCAACAGCUGAGUGGCUGUUAAAAAAUGAUCCGUUUAUUCUGGGCAGAGACGCGCUGGAAAGUUUAGAUGACAUUAAAUGA